AGUGAUGGAAGCCAGUGCUGCCACUUCAGACCGGUGCCCUUUUUUUUUUUUUUUGUUUCUAACCAAUAAUAAUAAUGCGCUUUUGCCAACUAAAUAAUAAUAAAAGCAAAGGCUAAUUGAUAAAUACAAGAUUGAGAUCGGAAACUCAUCUUCCAACGGGAAUAAUAGCAGUUCGCUGGAAUGUUUGUUUCGCAUUUCUCCCUCAAGCGGCUUUAAAGCCAGUUUUAGCAACAACCAAGUUGCAUUUUUUGUAGAAUUGCUUUUAGUAAUUGCUAUUAUUCUUGGCUAUUUGUUGCUGUAAUUGCUUGCAUUUUAUUUAAUUUUCUCUUGCCCUUGCCUAUUUUUUUUGUUGUGCAGUGAACGAAAUAAAUAAUAAUAAAAAACAGAAGAAGGAAAAGUGCCAAUCACGUUAAAGUUUUUUUGCAUAUAUAUUUUUUUUUGUUUGUUUAUGGAGAAGUGCGUCGUCCAUUUUGUCUGCACUGCUUGAUUGUGUGCGUGUUUUGUGUGCGUUUCCUGGCUGGCUCAGUGCGUGUGUGUGUGUGUGAGCCUGUUUCCGGUGAAGUCAAUCAACAAAUUCUAUUUUGUUAACAAAACCAGGACCCUAUAACAACAACAAUAGCAAGUAACAAAUAUAAAGAACAAAAAAAAAAAGGAAAAAAAUAUAAGAAAAAAAAACACAAUAAAGAAACAUCAAACAAACCGUAAAACGCAUAACGGUAUAAACGCGCGCGCAACAGACGCCACCACGCCCCCCCGCCCACCAUCUUCUUGUUCUUCUUCCUCGCGAGGCGGAAACAAAACAAAGGAAAAGAAACCAGGACAGGGGAAGAGACCGAAAGGCGAAAAAAGGAUAAUAAAGCGACUCGAAAGGGAAACGCCGAUGAGCUGAAUGGCAGGAUAAAUCCUCAAUAACAAGAAAAAAAAAACGACCAAAAUUGCGCAACCAAAAGUCUUGAACAAAUAAUCAACUGCUGCUGCAAACCGUAUGACUGAUUUAUAACAUUUGAGCGUACUGUAGCGAUUACCUCCCUAAGAAAACUUUAUACUAACUUACAACCAAAAAAGAAAUAUAUAUAUAUAUAUAUAUACAAGUGCAUAUACGGCCGCAUAUAUAGGAAUGGCAGGGCAAUAACUUUCAACUUUAACAAGUAUAAAGCCAAGCAACCCUAGAAGCUUUGCAUAGUACCCAAAAAAGAAAUCCCCUCAACAUAUAACCGAUAAACAAUAUUCAUUUGCCGAUAUACGACAAACGAUAUAUCCGAUAGAUAGCAGAGAGAGAGCGAGUAAAAGAGAGCAGAGGAAAUCGAUAGCGAGGCGCGAGAGAGAGAGGAAUGCAGCGGUGUCCCUACAUUCAUGAGAUGCGAGAACGAUUACUGGACCAGCCGCGGGAGACACUACAACUCGAUAACAUGGAGCGGGCCAAUCUGCUCGAUAAUCGCCAAUCGGCAUCCGAAUCCAAUCAGCUGCAGGGCGAUGGCUACCACACGAGUCCUGCCCACCAGAGGACACCACUAGUUCCACACGAUCUUGGCGAGGACUUUAAUUUGGAUUUCGAUGAUGAUUUUCCCAUAGAUGCAAGACGACCGAAAAACGCCAACGGCAAACAUCCACCGGUUCUGACGCGUCCACAGCAAAGGGUUUGCUACGCGUUCAAGCCAAAUCCAAAUAAGUACAGUUUUAUGCCAGCGAAAAUAACGGUACAGGGCACAUACGAAACAAAUCCGAUAACGGGACCAAUCGAACUAUGGACAUCGCUGUUCAUUGUGACCAGUCUGGUGUAUGCGAUCCUACUGAUCGUCGUCUGCAUCGCCUACGUAAUCAGCGAUGUGACUACACACCGACUGCCAGUGCUCUACUACGAAACGUUCUUCACAUAUCUUUACGGCGUCAGCAUACUCUUCCUCCUCUAUGUCUUCUGUUUCCUGCUGCAGGAGAGCUCUUGCUGCAAUGGCGGCAAUGGCAAUGGUGGCAGCAAGCCGAAACCCCAACCCAAGGAGAAGAAGUCUAAGAAAGCCAAGAAUGCCGAUCCCGCCGAUUCGAAGGAUGCGAAGGGCUCUAAGGACUCUGGCAAGGCAGCCAAGGGCGCCGCAUAUCAGGAAGCACCCGUGGACGCCGAGGUGGCCGUCACCCCAAAGAAUGUGCGCAAACGCAAGACAACCCACAGUGAUCCCACGCAUGGCAGCUUCUUCCUGCGAGUGGGAGCCAUAGCUUUUGGACUGGGCGCCAUGAUCUAUAUUGGACUGGAAUUUGGUUCGUUCUUCGAGAUACCCUUCGAUUCGCCCUGCCACCACAUACUGAUUGGAGUGAAUCCGCUGCUUCAGAUGAUAUUUACCUUCAUGCAGAUGUACUUUAUAUUCAUGAAUGCACGGACUAGGCCGCCAUUUCAGUUAAACAUCCACCGCUUCAAAGUGAUCGCCCGCUUUGGUCUAAUGCACGUGGUGGCCACCAAUAUCUGUGUCUGGAUCCGUACUUUGGUCAAGGAAUCCCUGCUGGAGAUUACCAUUUAUCAUCAGAAGAAUGCUCCAGAGCCGGGUGCCUCAUCCAUAGCCCAUUCCAUACGUCAGCAUGCCCUGCGUCAUGCCGGGACCGUGCUACGCACUCAUGCUGGACCGAACAGUGAGUUCGAGGUCUUGGAUGGCGAGGAUCUGUUGCCCAAGGAUGUGUACAAGAGUGACAAUGUACUGUCCAAACUGGUGCGCAAUACUGUGGAUGGGAUCUCCAAGAGUUUGGGCAUGGGUGGUGGCGAUACCAUGACCACAACCACGACCACAACGCGGGCACCAUCAUACACAACACCCGGCUAUCAAUGGCACAGCACUACUAUGGCCCGCAAGCUGAAGAAGUUUAUCACCAGCACCGCGGCUAGCACGGCGGCGGCGGGGGGCAGUGGCGGCGGCAGUACCACCACCACCACCAUCACCACACCGAGCACCACCUUCAGUCCAUUUACCAGCACAACCACCAGUUCCAUCAUCAGUUCCACCACAAGCACAGCCAAGUCCAUCAUCACCGCCAGUACCACAGCCAAUCCCCUGGAGAGCAGCAGCAGCAGCGGCAGCAACAUCUUUGCCAGCGAAUCAUCGCCCUUUGGCGGCGGCCUGCAGCGUAUCCUUUCCAGCGCCGCAACGCCGAGCCUGGCGCCAGUCGAUGGGUUCGGUUCCGCAGCAGCCACGCCCGGCAGCAGCAUUAGCAAUUCCAAUUCCAAUUCAUUUGUGGACACAUUCCUGGCCAGCACAUUGAGCCCGGCUAUAAGCAGCACCACCGAGGGAGGUGGCGCCGGUAGCAUUAUGAAUAAUCUAUUUGGCCAGGGACCCAUGGAGAAUAGCUUCCAAACGUAUACGGAUUUGGGACAUGAAGAGUCCAACGGUCUGGUUAGCUUUGAGAAUUUUGAAAGCUUGGACAAUAUAUAUCCGGCGGCAUUGUCCUCCAACAUUGGCACACUCAAUUCCACUGCCUGCGGACGCAUUGACAUAAUGGGCACAAUUGUUUAUGAUUCGGCGCCAUAUCUAUAUCCAUUCAUCAUCGAAUACUCGCUAAUUGGGGCGGUGGUUUUGUAUGUAAUGUGGAAGCACAUUGGCCGAUAUCCGGGCAGGAUGAACGAUGAGGAUUUGGAGCAUCGGCUGGAGGUGAUGCUGUCACGCCGAGCGGUGGCAAUGGCCCAGCAGGCGAGAUCCGGACGCGUCGACUGCGUUGGCUCGUCGAAGGGCCUGUUCUUUGGGCUGCUGCUGCUGGUUGGGGCCUUAAUCUGCCUGAUACUCUUCUUCGUCUUGGUGCGCCAUCAGCAGUUCUCGCUGUUGGCCAUAUAUCUGGCCGAUGCCAGUCACUGCAUCCUGAUGGCCUUUGCCAUAUUGGCCAUCAUAGUGGGCUUUAUAAGGGUAAAGAACCUGAAAUUCCGCUGCGAGGAGCAAUCAAACCUGAACGACAUCUUGCUGCGCAUCUCGGCCUUUGGUCUGUUCACCUAUUCAGUGUUCAGCAUUAUUGCCGGUAGUUUGAAGGUCCUGGAGAGUGAGCCCAGCCUGCUGGUGACGACCACCGGCGGUGUGGCCGUCUUCCAAGUGAUUCUUCAGCUGCUGUUCAUUGCGGACGUUUCAAGGCGUCGCGUCCACCUGCCGGAGCAUGAUCGCAGCAAGCCCGGCCGCCAGAUUGUCACCUUCCUACUCAUCUGCAACGUGGCCAUGUUUGCCAUCUACACCUUCGAAGCUCAAAAAGUAUUCGCCAAUCCUGUUCAGCUGGAGUUCUACGGCUUUGUGCCCUGGUCAAUCAUCCAGCGCAUCACACUGCCCCUGUGCAUCUUCCAUCGAUUCCACAGCGCCGUGACACUUGCCGAGAUCUGGAAGACCACCUACAAGGCACGCCUGGAGUAAGAUGGCACACAUAUGGCCAGGAGGAGGCUCUAAGGGAUGCGAUUGUGGGAGUUAUAAUGAAAAUGCACCAAAACCAAAAUGUAGCGAACCCAAAAAAACAAAUGCUAAAACCAGAAAUCAAGUGAGGGAGAAGAGUUAGUUUCUAAUUACGUAUUAAAAAAAAAAAAAAAAAAAAAAAAAAACAUGCAUACUACAUAUAAUAUAUACAUUAAUGCAGAUAUGAAUAUAUUAUGAUUUUGAGUUCUUCGUUUUCGUUUUUUAGUUACUAAGUUUACGAACGAAACGAAAUCGAACGGCAAACCGCACGAUUAACCAAAAAAAAGUAAAUCCGAUGACCGAUGAUCGAUAACGAUAGCGCGCGCCUCCCUAUUUUGUUUGUUUUGUUUUAACUCUCUUAAAACUUUGGAGAAAAAAACUUAAAAACUAAGUCAUAGCGUUUACAGUUUCGCCCGCACGCACCCAUUUAUCACCAUCUGAGUUAAAUAUUUAAUAUUAUUAAAUUUAAAAAAAAAAAACCUAUGUUUAAAAUAUACAUUUUAAACCUUAUUGUUUAGUUUAAACUUUAGUUUUAGUUUCGUCUCUAACACCGCCGCAAUAUCCAUUGUUACUAACGAAACGAAGGUUAAUCUUAUUAAUUUUAUAAUUGUUUUAACCCAUUAAAAAAAAAAACCCAGACGAUAACAAAAAAACUAAAAAAAAAUCGAUUAAAAAUUCACAUUGCGAAUAAGAUGGAAAUUAUUCGAUAACAAAA